UUUUUCUUCUUUCCAUUUCUGUAAUUAUUUUGUUUCUUCUUCUUAUAUAUAGAUAUCUUUACUUUGGAUUGGAGCUCAAGUUCUUGUGUUCUCUCAAGAAACAAAAACAUAAACUUUUCAAAAGCCUAAAACAUUCCAAAAGUUCUUAUCUUUUUUUUUUUUUUUUUUUUCCUAAUCAAUGGAUUACGGAAGAACCGAAGUUGAAGCUGGUUUUGAUGAUUCAGAGCAAGAAGGAUCGACGAUAUCCGAAUCUGGAAGCUGCGAUUCGUAUUCUCCUGAUCGACGACGUCCGCCGCCACCGCCGUCAUCUUUUGCUGACGAGCUCGGGCUUAUGGAGUUGCUUGAAGGAGACAAAGCUCAUGAUCUUAUCUUUCGUAAUUGUAAAUCUGGUCUCGGUGAUCAAUGCCAGAUUCUCUCUGUUCUCAGAAACGGGUUCAGGACUGUUGGGUCUCGUGCUAAGUUCAAGACUUUUCAGAUUUUUCAAGAGGCGGUGCAGUUGAAACACGCCGAAGACGCUAAGGUCAAGUAUGGUUGGUGCACCGUCGGGAAACAAGAGCUCAAAACGAUUUUGGAGUAUGGGUUUAGCCAGCCGCCGAGAAACGAUGGGUCUUACGGCCGUGGGUUGUAUCUUUCGCCGGAUAAUUCUCCUCUUGAUUGUUUGAAGGAAUCAGCUUCAGAAUCAGAAGAUGGGAUGAGAUUCUUGUUGCUUUGUAGAGUUCUACUUGGAAAAUCAGAGAUUGUUUCUCAAGGCUCGAUUCAGUCAUGUCCGAGUUCACCAGAGUUUGAUUCUGGUGUAGAUGAUUUAGCUUCUCCGAAGAAGUACAUUGUGUGGAGUACACAUAUGAACACACAUGUCUUGCCUGAGUUUCUUGUCUGCGUCAAAGCUCCGUUUAACUUAACUCGUAGUCCAAAGAGAUUGAGAUCGCCAUGGAUGGCAUUUCCUGUAUUGAUCAAAGCAUUGUCCAAGUUUCUUCCUCCUUCUCAGAUACUUGUCAUUCAUAAACACUACAAAGAUCAACAAAACAGGAGAAUCUCGCGGAGCGAACUCAUACAACGAGUCAGAAGCAUAACCGGAGACAAGUUACUAGUUCACAUCAUCAAAGCUUUUGGACAUAAAGUUCAACAUUAAAAACUCUCCAUUGCAGAUCACUUUGGGUCAAUCGCCAUGGUUGCAUUUGUCUGUUUUACCAACACCAGAAGGAUGGUAAACAAAUGGUCAUGUACGGAGUCUCCAAAUCAUAGAGUAGUCGUUUCUUUUUGUUUUCCCAUGAUAGUGAUGAAAAAAAUUGUUCAAUAGAUAUAUUCAAGAUCGAUCAGACUAGGGUCUGAAUUCAUUAUUAAUGAAGAACAUUAACAAGUUACAGUCGUA